CAGAGACAGAGAGUGUGAGAGAGAACGAGAGUGAGUGAGUGAGAGAGAGAGAAAGAAAGAGGGAGGGAGGGAGAGAAAGAGAGAGAGCACAUGCACAGUUUGGAGUUCAGAACUAUCGGUCAAAGGCAGCCACUCAUUCAAAUGUGCCGUUCAUUCCAAGUUUGAAAAAAUUGUGUUCUAUCACCUUUGCUAUUCCUACCAGGAUUAUGUGACUUUCAGAGACUUUCAUUUCAAGUCACCUGCUCAAGACAAUCAAGACAAUGAUAUUCGGGAGUGCUGGCUGCAACAGGAGUCUUGUCUGAAUGUGUUCAGCAGCCAACUGCAUGCUCCCCCUGAGAAAGAACUGCGAAGGACUGGCAAACCUUGGACGGCUUAAUGGGGGAGCAUCAAUGCCCAUCAGUGCCACUGGGUUCAGGAUGCACCGACUCCCUCAGGAUUCAGACAUGGACUUCACUUGGCAGGAGCUGAUGGCCAUUACAGAAUUACAGGAUCUUGAGGUCCCGAGUGAGAGCCAGUAUGAGAACGGACCGUAUCCUCCUAUGGAGACACCAGUGUCUGUUGGGGGUUUUGGAAUAAAUCAGAGCCACUCUGGGACUCUACCUGGGGGGUGCGAUGUGACCUCUGUGGGCUAUGAGGGAUCCUACCACGAGGUGAUGCCACCAUGUCAGCGGCUGGGCCCGGAGAUGGACUCUCACUACGCACACUGCAGCAGUCAGCUGGCCUCCAGGCUGCUUCCCGGUACCCAGUCUCUGCAACCGCCACUCAUGAGCCUGCUUGAGCAUAUGAACUUGGUGGGCACGAGCCACGGUCUUGAAAAACACGGUCUCGGGCACUCCCACAGCACAGGCCCUGGUCUUGGCCACAGCAAACAGCAGCAUGCAGCCAUCGAUGACAUGGAGUCUGACUCUGGUCUGUCACUGGGUUCAAGCCCCCCACUGGCCUCUCCAGAGAACGGUGUAACCAGUAUAACGACCUAUGCUUGCACAGAGCUAGGGGUGGCUUAUGCGGAGGGUGAAAUGGAGGUGGGUAUGGGGGAACACGGCAGGAUGAGAGACAGCCUUGUUUACCCUAUGGAAUACCACCAUCACCACCACCACCCUAUGAACCACUUCCCCAGCCCCCCCUCCACCUCUUACUUCCCCAUGGCCCCCAGCUUGCCUCCCCUCCACCACCAGCAAUCUCACUCGGCGUAUCCACUCAAGCAGCAACAGAUCUUACCCACCACUGCCCUGCACCUCAACAGUCCCUGUGUGUCCAGCAGCCGUGCAGGCUCCUCCUGUACAAGCUCAUACACCAAGCCAAAGGGGCCUGGUGCCCCCAUACCCCUGAGCAGAGACGAACGACGAGCCAUGGCUCUGAAGAUCCCUUUCCCUUUGGAAAAGAUAAUCAACCUGCCUGUUGACGACUUCAACGAGCUGUUGACCCAGUACACUCUCAAUGAUUCCCAGCUUGCCCUGGUGCGCGACAUCCGUCGGCGGGGGAAGAACAAAGUGGCAGCGCAGAACUGCAGGAAGCGCAAGCUGGAGAACAUCGUGCACCUGGAGGGGGAGCUGGGGCAGCUCCGCGCUCAGCGAGAGCACUUGGCCAGAGAGCGCGUGGACUACCAGCGAAGCCUGGCAGUCAUCAAAUGCCGUCUUUCUGAGCUUUAUACCAAAGUCUUCUCUCAACUCCGCGAUGAAGAGGGCCACCCCUACUCUCUAGAUGAUUAUUCUCUCCAACAGACCAAUGAUGGCAAUGUGUACUUAGUGCCUCGUAAUGCAGCACUAGAGGUGGAAUAAUACCAAUGAAUCAGAAUUGAGCUUUACCUUGCAUUAGACAAAUUUCUACCUGAUAUUCCCACAUGCUGCAAUACUAUCCUACAUAUCUUAGCAUCUAUUGCACAACGUGUUUGUGAUGAAAGAACUUUUGAGUUACACGACUGAGCAGGUCUUCCAUAAAUAAGCAGAGCAAUUACUUAAACUGCCAGGGUGUUUGAUACAUUUUGGCAGUACAAACACGAUUACUGAAGUUUUUAAAUAUAUAAACAUAUUGGCAAGAAACUGUGCUAGCCGUUAUCUUCAGGAGCAUUACAACCCAAGAUGGUUAAAAUGUAUUUUUUGUAUGUAUUUGCCCAUUUUUUGCUCACUAGACAAAAGAGUUCCAAACACAUUGUGUAAAAAAAUAAUAUUUUAUUAAAAAUAAACAUUGUAAAAAAAGUUUAAAAAUAUUUUUAAAAAAGCUUCACCACUAUAGGCCUUCCUGUGGGAAAAAAGGGACAAAAUGAGCAGCACACUCCACUGUAAGUAUAGAUAGAUAAAUAAAAAAAAAAACACAUGUACAUACAUCAUACAGUUUCCUUUUAUCGUCAGGCCUCUCAGCAGGUAUCUGUCCAGCACCUGGGACAACUGGUCACAAAUGAUCACCUAAGAAAAGGAGACUGCACUUAGAACAAGACAAGUGAAUUCAUCUAGACAUUUGUCGUACUACCUACAAAUGCAUGCAUUACGUAAGUGUAGGAGACUACUGUUACAUUCUGAAGAUUAACCUAGAUACCUCUGGUAAUCUACAGUAAUUCAAACUUCACAAGCAUAAUAUGGUCCAAUACAGAGUUCUCAUGUAGAGUCCAGUUGAAAAGGCUGUUCUUACCUAUGGGAGCUUUAUAAAGCCUUUGGUAGUUGUGGCCUGCUAGUCUCAGUGGCGACCUGUACUCACUUUCCCCUGCUUCUCUGGCUCCUGGCGUUGAUCUACUCCUCUCCCUCAGCUUGCUUCCAUGGUUAGCUUUAUGCACAUGUAAGCUAGCCUCUUGUAGCUCACAUCUUUCCAAGCACUUCAUUUGGCCUCAGACUGCCAACUGCUUACACUUUAGUCAUUAAGACUGAGGUUUCAUUGAUUUAGCAGUUGGCCAUGUCGUUGUUGGCAUUUGGAUAUUCAAGAUUUCUUCAGAGUACUAUUUAAAUGUGACCAAUAUGGUGGUCAAGACUAAACUCCACAUACACCACCAUCCUCCAACAAUUGCCCAUCCAUAAUAGUUCCUUCUGACAAGUGUGCAAAUCAACUGAAGAAUCCCAAAGACCACACCCCUCCCUUUACCCCAAAAGAGAC